GGGCAUCUGGCCCCGCUUCCGGUGUGGCCGCGCCGCUGAGCUUCGCGGGGCCGCGUAGCCCCAGACCGCGCUCUGCAGGUGCCACGGUACCUCUUGUCACGUGCCCCUCCCGCCUGCCUGUGUCUGGUUUCUCCUGUGCUGUGGAAACGGUGGGGACUUUCGAUGGACAGGCCUGGGCUCUAGUCCUUGGGCAGUCGUGUUGGAGCCUCGGUUUCCUUGUCGGCUCCCGCAGAGCCGUUGUGCGAUGCACGGUUGACUGAGCUUAGUGUGGUGGCCGGCAGCAGCAGUGGCUGUUACAGCCCUGUGUUCUCCGGACUUCUCUUCUCCUUCACUCUUUUCUCCAUUAUGUAUUUGGAGAGCUUAUGUGUCCUCUCCUGUUUUCUGGUUCUCUUCUCCUGCCCACCCUGCCUCCCUUCCCUGCCAGCUCGUCUCUUGCCGGGAUUAAAGUGGGCCCAUCUGCCACCUGCUCUCAGGGCACCUCCCAUUGCAUUGGCUGUCACAGGUGGUUCAUGCUGUCAGCAUCUUGAAGUCCUCAUUUUCUGGCCCAGAGCACACGGGAGUUACUGGACUUCUCUUCUCCCCGCCCCUGGCAGUUGCAGCUGAGACCUUUCUUCUGGGCUGCUUGAUCAAAAAGGAGGAAGCAGCAAUGUCUGGCUUGGGGACUGCAGCUCCAUACCUGCAUUACCCUGGUGAUAGCCACAGUGGCCGGGUGAGUUUCCUGGGGGCCCAGCUCCCCCCAGAAGUGGCAGCAAUGCCCCGACUCCUGGGAGACCUGGACAGGGGCACGUUCAGAAAGUUGCUGAAGCUGGUGGUCAGCAGUCUACAGGGAGAGGACUGCCGGGAGGCUGUGCAGCGCCUCAGGGCUGGAGCAGACCUGUCGGAGGAACGGCUGGGUGUCCUCCUUGCCGGCACAAACACACUGCUCCAGCAGGCCAUCCGGCUGCCCCCAGCCAGCCUGAAGCCUGACGCCUUCAAGGACCAGCUCCAGGAGCUCUGCAUCCCCCAAGACCUGGUCACGGACUUGGCCAGUGUGGUGUUUGGGAGCCAGCGGCUUCUCCUCAACUCUGUGGCCGGGCAGCAGGGGGCCUGGCUGCCCCAUGUUGCCGGCUUGUGGUGGAGGGUGGACGUGGCAAUCUCCACCAGUGCCCUGGCCCGCUCCCUGCAGCCAAGUGUCCUGAUGCAGCUGAAGCUUUCAGAUGGGUCGGCAUUCCGCUUUGAGAUCCCCACAGCCAAGUUCCAGGAGCUGCGGUACAGUGUGGCCCUGGUCCUCAAGGAGAUGGCCGACCUGGAGAAGAGGUGUGAGCUCAAACUGCAGGACUGAUCGUGCUUGCAAGCCCAUUGCAGUCACCUGGGGAGAGUUGGCUCCGACAGGUGUCCGCAAACAAAGCCUGCCCUUCCAGGAGGCAUUCCUGAGAUGUUUGAAUGUAAUCAUGUCAUUGUCUGUUCCGUUGAGAAAGCUGGAUCUUCCCUUUUUAUUGGAAAUAAAGCAACUAUAAAAAAAA